AUGGCUUAACCCACUCCAAGAAUUAUCAAAGAGACAUAAAACUUAGCCAAAGACAAAGUGUAAGGAAUUGAUGUGACUCCAGAUCCACAAAAUUUCAAACAUUUCUUUGUCAUAAUAUCAGGACCUCCUAAUACACCAUAUGAAGGAGGUGUUUUUGAUGUUGAAUUGCUUUUACCUGAUGAUUAUCCCAUGUACAUCCACCCAAAUGUAUUUAUCAUCCAAAUAUUGAUAAUUUGGGAAGACAUUUGCUUGGAUGUAUUAAAAGAUAAAUGGUCACCAGCAUUAUAAAUCAGAUCUAUCUUGCUAUAAAUUCAGGUGUUGUUGAGCUACACCAACCCCAGUAUGGACGACCCAUUAAACAUUGAAAUUUUGUGUUUAUGGAAAGCUAAUGAAGGCCUUAAGCUUUGUCUUUGGCUAAGUAGAAUGUCACAUUAAAAUAUGCGUGGAGUGGUUGAUUAGUAUAAUCUAUUGAAAAAACAAGCAUAUAUUUAAUUUCUUUUUCUUAUAUAUCAAUUGGAAUGGCAAAAUAUAUUUCACAUUGUUUAACAUCAAAUACUUAUAAUUUAAGUUGAUUUUUCUGAGAAUUUCAUUUAUUAUUUAAUUUAAUAAUUAUGA